AUGCAUGACAUCCCUGACCUGCCUUGGGACAAAGUAGGAACUGACAUAUUCACUCUGAAAGGCCGAAACUACCUCAUUACCACAGAUUACUACAACAACUUCUUUGAAGUUGAUUUCCUCCCUGAAAACACCUCUGAAGCUGUGAUACAGAAACUGAAACCACACUUUGCUCGUCAUGGCAUUCCAUCCACAGUCAUAAGCGAUGGUGGACCCCAAUAUACCGGCAAUAAGUUCCACAACUUUAGCAAGAAGUAUGGUUUCAAACAUGAAACGUCCAGCCCUGGUAACAGCAAAGCUAACGGUGCAGCAGAGGCAGCCGUUAAGAUAGCCAAAAGAAUGAUGAAGAAAUGCAAUGCAGCAAAUGAAGAUCCAUACCUAGGUCUUCUCAACAUCCGAAACACCCCAACCGAAGGUCUUCAAACGAGCCCAGCACAACGUUUGAUGGGACGCAGCACUAGAACACAAGUACCGAGUACCCUCGAACCAUUACGACCAUCAAAGUUCAACCAUGAAAAAGAAGAUCUUGAAGACAGAAGAAUGUGCAUCCUUGAUAGACACGAUACGUCUAAUCCAGGCCAAACCCUCAAACCACUGUCAACAGGUGAUACAGUCCGCAUGCAGCCCAUACAAAGUGGGAAGACAGAAUGGUCUGAAGCUACAGUCACCGGGAAGCUGAAAAGUAGAACUUACACGGUGCAGACAAAUGAUGGGUACAAAUACCGAAGCAAUCGUCAACAACUCCGUCUCAUGAAGAAGUCCCGACGUCCAGAACCUACUAACAUAGAGAUAUCAGUCUCUGACCCUCCACAGCCUGCAGUAGCAACCCAGCAGAACAACGUUCCGAGAACUCCGUCGACAACGUCUACACCUGAAACACUCCCUAAGCAACAACUUCCUGAUGCUGACCACCCGCCAGCAUACCACACCAGAUCCGGGAGAGCAGUGAAAUCCAUCCGCAGACUUGACUUAUAG